AUGGGAAAGGGCAGCAAAGUGGUUGUUUGUGGAUUGGCAGCCGUUGGAAAAACUGCAAUCAUAGAGCAGCUUCUGUAUGGAAACCACACAGUGGGUCUGGAAAAUAGCGAAACCUUGGAAGAUAUUUACGUUGCGUCAGUAGAAACAGAACGUGGCGUUAGAGAGCAGCUCCGACUCUACGACACGCAAGGACUCCAUGAAGGCACAGAGUUACCGAAACACUAUUUUUCUUUCGCUGAUGGCUUUGUUCUUGUCUAUAGUGUGGACAGCCUAAUGUCUUUUAAAAAGGUUGAGCUGCUUAAGAGAGAAGUGGACAAGUUUAGGGAUAAAAAAGAGGUCGUCAUUAUUAUUUUAGGUAAUAAGUGUGAUCUUGCAGCGCGGAGGCAAGUGGAUGAAGACAUGGCUCGACACUGGGCAAGAACUGAGCGGAUUAAAUUUUGGGAAGUGUCGGUGGCAGACAGGAAGACCCUGAUUGAACCAUUUACACAUUUGGCUAGCAAACUCAACCAGUUUCAAAGCAAAUCCUCAUUCCCCUUACCAGGGAGAAGAAGUAAAGGCACACCUUCUUCGGAUAACUAGAAAGACAUCGGUAAUACCAAUGGAGAGGACUGUAUGUCGUUUUUCAUAAUCUGUGUUAUCGGGCACUCUAACCACUCACUGUGUAACGCCUGGAUUAUGUCAUUAAAUAAACUUUGUUUGCAUCCAAGCGCCAUUAGUUGGUAGUUUCAGAUGUGGGCUUACUUACACUUGUGCGA